UUUUUCUGUUUUCUUCUCUUUCCAAGACUUUAUGAGAACAACAUUGUUUGUAGCAGGAUUUGGUUCAAGAACACGCGCCAGAGAUCUUGCUUAUGAAUUUGAAAGAUAUGGUAGACUAGUGCGUUGUGAUAUUCCAGCACCCAAAUCUUAUACAGCCAAAGUAUAUGCCUUUGUCGAGUUUGAAGAUCCUCAUGAUGCCGAGGAUGCAUUUAAUGAAAUGCACGGAAGACGUAUUGAUGGAUAUACCAUUAGUGUUCAAUGGGCUCGGAAUGCACCUAGUGCUACUUGGCGAUUAGGUGGACCAUCACAACCUGCGCCACGACCAUCAUUACCACCACCACCACCACCAUUACAUUAUCGAUAUCCUUCUUAUCGUUAUAGUCCAUAUCAUCGUCGCAGUACAAGUCGAUCUAGAAAAAGAUCCAUGUCUCCACCUCGAGGCAGAUCCCCUCCUCGUUACUAUCAUUCAAGGUCUCGUUCACCUAUUCCCACUUUGCAUACACCUAUUCCCACUUAUACCGAAAAACGAUCCCCUUCACCCUAAAUAAUAAUAAAAAAAAA